AUGACUAAAUACAAAUCUAAAGCUCAAAAGAAACAGUUUUUCUCUCAUCCAAGAAACAGGGAUAGGGUGUUCACCAAGAGAGAGCCCGACCCUGAACAGGAGCAAUCGUUUAAACCACAAAGCACGUACGCAGUUCUUUCUCCCGAAGGAAUAGAACAAAUACCUUCAUGUUCACAUGGACCUUGUCUUCUCUUCGGUGUCAAGAAACAAGGUGAAAUCGUAAGGAAAUUUUUCGCUUGUGCAGUCUACAGAGAAAAUCCGGAGGAAUGUGCAUACAAGUGUGAGCUACGAGAAGAUGGCAGUUUGGGAAUGCCUGAAAACUGUCCUCCUCUACCUUUUCCUGGACAACAAAAGCCAAAGUGGGAUUACGGUGUGAUACCUAAGAAGCUUAAAACUAUUUCGUUACAUGCCGAACUACUGUACUGUCGCCUAUGCGACGAUGUAUUUGAAGGUAAACACAGAUGUCCUUGUGAGCCUGUUACAAGGAAGCAAUUGAAAAACCCAAGUAAACUAUUGGAAUCUCUCGAGUCUCAGACAGGAGAAGCACAAUACUUCUUCUCUGACGAUGCCCUCUCAGUAAUGACCGCUGCUAUCAAGAAUGCCAAGAUUGAUGGCGUCCUCUGUAUUGGAGCACCGAGGCUUUUCGAAACAUUAAAAAAUGAUAAGGAAGACAAGAAACACAUCUUCAUGCUAGAUUUUGACCGCAGAUAUGCCCAUUUCUACCAAUCACUGCAGUAUGCUCAGUAUAGUAUGUUAGUUGAUCACUUCUUUGAUCCAAAGGCGGAGCAGAAACUCAACAACUUUUUCGCGAAAUGCUCCUCUCUCUUAAUAGUUUGUGAUCCACCAUUCGGAGUUAUCCUUGAUCCACUUGUAGAGUCAAUCAAGAAGAACAUAGCAAGAUACAUGGCGGCCCGAAAAGGCAAAAAGUCAAAAGUAAAUACAGCUUAUAUAGUCCCGUUCUUCCUAGAUAAACACAUAAUGCGUCUGGAUCCUUCAUUUUGGUUAUGCGAUUAUAGAGUUACCUAUGACAAUCAUAAGAACUUCUCAAAAUCUAAACGCACAAGUGUGCGUAUCAUCUCUGAUUUGGACAAGAAUGUUUUCGACCUUAAGGAUGUUCCCGGAUAUCAUUUUUGCGAUAUGUGUGAAAUAUACGUCAGCGAUGAUAACCAUCAUUGCUAUAUGUGCAUGAAAUGUGUUAGUAGGGAUGGUUCGAAGUAUGUGCAUUGUGAUCGUUGCAUGAGAUGUGUUAAGGAGAUGUAUAAUCAUUGCCGUUUGUGUGAGCGUUGUCACCCGAUGUCAAGAGGAUGUACAGCUAAUCGUAAAGCGUAUUAG